UUAAUAAUGAGUUCCAACUCAAGAUCAAAAAGUAUCGAUAAUAUUAAGAGUGAAUUAAAGACGACAUACGUUCUAAAGUUGAGUCACUUGCUAGCUCUUUAUCAAAGCAUGAUGAUCUGAAACAAGAAAUAAAGACAUUGUCACCCCUUAAGCUACCUCUGUCAAAAGAUAUCGUUCCUGCGGAACUUGAUGACAUCAUAAAAGCAGAAUCUGUUAUCGACUUUAUCGCUAAUGAAGUUACCAAGCGAAUAGUCUCUCGUAAUAACGUGAUUGUCUAAAAUAUACCUGACAGAAUCCCCAUUAAAACUGUAAGGAAUUCGAUAUUAAAAGCAUCUAACCUUCAAGACAGUCCAUGCCAAUGCAUUCGACCUAAUAAAAAGCACCAGAAAUACUCGUGCCCGGUCUUGUUCGACUCUCAUAUAUUGGCUGAACAGUUAAAAGAAUCCGAGCGGCUAAUCUGCGCGCUUACGAAAUUUAGAAACGCUCGUAUAGUCUCAGAUAAGACCACCAAUCAAAGGCUUACGCAAAAACGUACCUUGAACGAAAAUAAAGGUGUUGAGAUCACAACAAACCACGAUGCAUCAGCUGCUGGAUCCACUGAUGCAGCUACCCUAUCUCAUGUUCUCCAGUACUCUGAUAUACCAACGAAGAGUGCUAAUUUGCCUGUUAUGUCUGUAGUGACAUCUGAUAGCCAAUGUACAUCUAAUGACGCCACUAAUCCGAUAUUACCCAGUUUACCGUUAGAAGCCCAUAAGCAAGUACUUAGUUCUAAUGCUAAAACUCUUAAAAACACUGUCAAGACUAAAAAACCUAUGCCACGUAAGAAGAAUGUAAGUACAGAACCUUCUGGUUCUAGACCCAAUAUCAAAAAUAUUACGAUGACCCUACCAAAUAAAAAUAAGACUGUACUUCCCGACACCAUGCUUUACCUUACGCAUCGUAGAGGAGGUCAUAAGGGCAGACUUGAUUCAAAUGUCUCAUAAGAUGGCCACUGCAAUCAUUAUGUAAGCAGGCCUAAUAUUGGACAGACCACAGUGAACCAACGCACCCUACGGUUAUCCUCAAACGUUUUAAAUAACAUACUUGUAAGACGUAACUAUUCUCAGCACUUCCCCAUUGGGCAAGAUGGAUUACUAGGCUACUCAACAUCAACCCAACCCCAACUGGCAGGUGCUUGUCUUAACUGUCCGCCUAGUCAAGUUCGAAAAAAAAUUAAUCCACUUUAUCAAAAUAAUGAUUUUUUUGGCCUUUAGAAAUCCCUGGUCCCACUAGCAAUACAGUUUGUUCAAGCGAUAGCCCAUACGAUCAGUCAAACAUAAAAAACCACAGUCUAUGCAAAUCCAAAAUACAUAACAUCAAUAGGGAAGCUCUCGGUUUUUUACACUCCACACUCCCUUUUUAAACUUAUUACUUAUAAAUGCACGUUCACUUCUGAACAAAAUUUCAGCCUUGAGAACAUUAGCUUUUCUAGCCAAGCCUUCUUUCAUACUUAUCACUGAAACAUGGUGCUCUCAAGCAGUAUCUGAUUCAGAAUUAAAUAUCCAGAACUAUCUACUCUAUCGCUGCGACAGAGAAACUAAGCGAGGAGGUGGUUGGAUUAUAUAUGCUUUGGAUACCCUAACAACUAAUAAAGUUGAAGAUAGUGUCCUGAAUAGUUUACCAGAAUCAGUCUGGAUAUCAGUCAACACCCUGAAUCAUAGUCUACACCUUGGAUGUAUAUACAGAGCUCCUGAUAGUUCGAAUAAUGAGAAUGAUCUUAUUAUCAAUGCAUUCAUACAUGCAUCUUCUCUAAACUUUAAUGCUAAGGUUAUCACUCGGGAUUUCAAUUAUCCUGGGAUCAACUGGAGUACCGGUAGUUGUCAGUCAUGUAAUGAUGAGUUCUCGGCAACCAUUAACAUGCACUGCUGGUCACAGUGGGUUCGUACCCCAUCUAGAGGCGAUAGUAUACUCGAUCUAAUAUUUAGUAGAGAUGUUAUCCCACUAUCUGUGAAAGUAUACGAUGAAUUUGGAAGCAGUGACCAUAAGAUAGUAGUUUGCGCUCUCCCUAUCUAUCCCUCUUAUAACCGACCCAUUCAAAAAACUUGUCAAUAUAGAGACUAUAAGCAUGCUGACUGGGACCUCCUGCAUUCAUUGAUUAAACUUUCAGACUGGGAUAACUUUUUUUCAUGUAAUAGUCUCAUGGAUGCUAUCGACGAAUUCUAUCUGAUUGUUAACUCUUGUUCAGAUUCCUGUGUACCUCUUAAAACAUACAGGUUUAGUAAACCUUACGAAUUAUAUAUACCAGCUAGAUAUCGUAACAAACUAAGACGCCUACAAAAUCGUUAUUUUAAGUCAAACGACUUCACAGUAGUUGCACAAAUAAAAAUAAUUUUUAAUCAAAUUAAAGAGAAACAUAGACUUAAAGCCAUUAAUGAGGAGCUGCUAGCACUUAAUACUAACUCGAAAGCACAAAAAUUAACUCUCCUUUUCAAUAAACGCGCUAAAGCAACUCGAAAUGUUGAUAUACCGUGCAUCCAGCAUAAUAACACUUUUAUAUACGACUCUAAAACCAUAGCCGACCUUUUCAGUAGUAUUUUUGCGAAUGGUGUAGAAAUCAUAAGUGGCUCUGCUUCAAGAGUUAUGUGUGUGGCUAGCAACUCAAUAAAAUCUAUCUCCUUCACAUGCAUGAAAAUUAAUAAGGCUAUAAAUACCCUUAAGAUUUCGAGAGGUCAUGGAGUAGAACGGAUUUCAUCCUUUCUCUACAAAUAUGGUGGUCCAGAUACUCCACUUCUUCUUCUAAAGCUGUUUACUCUCUCUAUGGAAACCGGUUCUUACCCUUACUGUUGGGAAACCACAUACAUCAUACCACGUUACAAAUCUGGAGAUAAGACUGACAUGAACAAUUACCGGCCAAUAAAUAUUACUCCAGUUAUUUCUAGGAUUAUGGAAAAAAUUAUAAGUGAUGAACUUUCCAACUAUUUACUUGCUGGAAAAUUUAUCAAUGAUACUCAACAUGGACUUCUUAAAAAUCGUUCUUGCAUGACAUGUCAUUUUGAUUUCUUUAAUUUAGUCUAUUCUCUACGUAGCCAAGGAUAUCUAGUCUUAGUGCUAUAUUUGGACAUUUCUAAAGCCUUUGACAUGGUUAGCCACCAACUUCUUACAGGUAAACUCGCAUCUUGUGGGGUUCAAAAUCCUUUGCUUGCUUGGUUUGAUUCCUUUCCCAGCAAUCGAUAUCAAAUAGUUAAAAUUAACUCUUCAUUGUCUAACGCUGUCCCUGUUAGAAAUGGUGUAAUACAAGGUAGUGUCUUAGGUCCUUUGCUCUUUUUAGUGUUUAUUAAUGAUAUUUGUGAAAGUUUUUGUAUCAGUAAGCCCCUUCUAUAUGCAGAUGAUCUUAAAGUAGUAGAUUCAUUUUCUCCACAUGAGCUGAAAAAUAUGCAAAAUUGCAUCAGCAUGGAGCUUACAAAGGUAGCACAGUGGUGCUUAAAAUGGCGACUGGAGCUUAAUACGGCUAAAUGUGGAUGGAUAUGCUUCGGCGAUACAUCACUGAACCUAGACAUUACCAUAAAUGGAGAAGUGUUAUCUAGGUUACAUACAGUAGUAGACUUAGGACUUAGAUAUUCCCAAGACUUGUCGUUUACAGAACAUAUAUUAAAACAGACCUUUAAGUCUCAACGUCUAAUAGGUUACAUAACUCAAAAUCUUUACAACAAUGAGUCACGUAUUCUAAUGUACAAAGUUUGUGCUCAACCUCUUCUAGAAUAUUGCACGUUUAUUCUUAGCAGUGCGCUCAUAAAGGAUAAAUUAAGGCUGGAAUCAGUACAGAGACGAUUUACACUUCGUAUUCUUGGAGCUGAUUGUACCUUAAUUUAUAAUUCUAGAUGUAAUAAACUUGGGCUAGAUCCUUUAUGGAGGAGGAGACUCAAACGAAAUCUUUUCUUUUUCUUCAAACUACUUCAUAAACUAUCAUUUACGUCUUAUCACGCGAUUCAAUAUGCAGAAACUUCUUAUUAUGACAUCCGUAAUUCCUUGGCACUAGUGAAACAAACUCAUCCUAAAUCAUCUCUUUAUAUGAAUUACUUCAUCUGUAAAUUUUCUAGACUAUGGUAUAACCUACCACAAUCUAUCCGCACGAUAAAAUCACUCCCAUUAUUUGUUCGCUGCAUCGAUGCAUACUGCGCCUCUGAAAAUGCAUUGAAUGGUCUAGCACCUGCAAGUGUAUCUCAUUCCACAAGUGAUAUUUUAGGAACUUUAAAUGUUUAGCCAUCUUUAUUAGUGAAUCCCCUAAGUGAAACCACCCACUUGCUGUCAAUAUGUUAACACCGUCCCUAGCAAGUUUAAC